UACACCUCACUCACAAUCUGAUCAAUUCUCAUAUUAUCAACACUCCUGUGAGGAAACGUCUGGUCCAACGACGGUAGAGUGUUGGCUUUUUUUAAAGGAGGGGGCGAGCUUUUCACAAAGGGAUUGUGAUAUCCACCAGCUGCACCCAUGUACAGCAGCGGCUACUCCCAGGUCUCCAAGUCGAGCCCGCGGGCCCAAAAGAAGGUGCAGUACCACUCGAAGGGGAAGAGCUGCGGCUACUACAUGCGCAUUGUCUUCUUCUUCUCAUCGCUCAUCCAGUCUCUUAUCAUAGUUAGCCUUGUGCUCUUUCUGGUCUACGGUAAGACGCAGGACUCAGCGUCCGUGUCACGCAUCAAGGACCUGGAGGAGAGCUUCAGCCGACUGUCCAUAGAAAAUGUUGCCCUGAGGCAGCAGAGGAAGAACCUGACAAACCUACUCAACUCCACAUUGACUCAGAAAGCCAUCAACGACUGGGACCUGGCCAAAAGCCGCUACUUCGCCAACAUCUCGUCAAUCCUUAUCCAAGAUCUUGACAAGAAGCUGCAUCAGUGCUACAGCAGGUUGUAUAUUUGCGAGAACACAAGAAACAACCCAUGCCCACCCAAACCUGGAGUAGGAUGCAACUGUGGACUGACUGCUGAAAAGCAGACAGCAAGGCUGGAGCUUGUGGAGUCCAACUUCACGCAAACCACCCAGAGGAUGAGGAUGGAAAUGGACCAGGCUGCCAAAGAGAGGGACAGCAUUAACUUGGAGGUCAUCCGUCUGCGGAGGGAGAAAUCCACACAUGAAAAGGAGGUGGAGUUCUUUAGACAAAAAUGCAAAGAUGACUUUUCCCAGUCCUUGAGUGGUAUCGCCAAUGUCUCCAAAGCUUUCCUAGAGAAGAUCGAUUCCCUCUUCCCUUCACACAUCGCCUUCCAGCUCACCUGUCCGAAACAGAGGGAUCACCUGGAGCAGAUCCGCACCAAUUGCACCAGCCUGUCCAUGGAAGUGGAGGACAAGCUUCAGCGUUACCUGAACAGUGUGGGAGGACAGGUUUCAGCCAUCCAGGCUGAGAACAGCCAAGUGAAAGCAGAGAACUGGCGACUGUACGAAGACUACCGCUGGUGCAGCACGAACCGCACGGGUCUGAUCCUGCAGCACAGACAGAACUUAGACAAGCGUCAGCGGAAACAUGAUGAGGAAGAGGAGAGGCUCCUGUUGGACAAGUUAAGGCUAAAUGGAGACAUAGAGGUCCUUAACAGUAAUGUGAAGUAUAAAAGUAAAGUCAUUGAUUACCUUACUGAGCAACUCAAGCAUCUCAACAUGUCCUGCAUGCCCAAGACAGGGCCUGGCUCGACAGGUCCACUGUCUGGGUUUGGCUCAGUUGGAUCGAAUCCGAGCUUUGGCUCAUUUGGGCCAUUCAAACCAGCAUCAACUGGGACGGACUUGUCAACCGGGUUAGGUAGCUCAUUUGGAUCAGCGUACAAUAAACCAGCAUCAACUGGGACGGGCUCCUCAAGCUCGUCAACCGGGUUAGGUAGCUCAUUUGGAUCAGCGUUCAAUAAACCAGCAUCAACUGGGACGGGCUCCUCAAGCUCGUCAACCGGGUUAGGUAGCUCAUUUGGAUCAGCGUUCAAUAAACCAGCAUCAACUGGGACGGGCUCCUCAAGCUCGUCAACCGGGUUAGGUAGCUCAUUUGGAUCAGCGUUCAAUAAACCAGCAUCAACUGGGACGGGCUCCUCAAGCUCGUCAACCGGGUUAGGUAGCUCAUUUGGAUCAGCGUUCAAUAAACCAGCAUCAACUGGGACGGGCUCCUCAAGCUCGUCAACCGGGUUAGGUAGCUCAUUUGGAUCAGCGUUCAAUAAACCAGCAUCAACUGGGACGGGCUCCUCAAGCUCGUCAACCGGGUUAGGUAGCUCAUUUGGAUCAGCGUUCAAUAAACCAGCAUCAACUGGGACGGGCUCCUCAAGCUCGUCAACUGGGUUAGGUAGCUCAUUUGGAUCAGCGUACAAUAAACCAGCAUCUACUGGGACCGGCUCCUCAAGCUCGUCAACUGGGUUAGGUAGCUCCACCGGGUCAGGAUUAAAUAAGCCAGCACUGAGUGGGAAAAGCUCUUCAGGCUAUGGGUCAUCCUCUGCGUCGGCUGGUUCCACUGGGUCGACUGGGUCAGCAAAUAAAAGUGGGUCAUCCAACUCUGGAUACUCUUUGCUUGGGUUUGGGAGCAGUAACUCAGGGUCAAGUAGGUCAGGUGGUGGAACAGGGAGAGGACCAUCAACUGGGAAUAGUGGUGGAACAGGAUCGUCAUUGGAUGCAGGAAGAACGAGUGGACUGGGAGGCGGCUCAUCAGUCAAUGUUGCUCAACACCUCAGAGAUCUGCAACGACUCAUCAACCCCUCUGGCCCAGAGGAGAAACAAGAUCUCUCCAGAAUGUUGGGUUAGUCCAUCUUGAAGAGAAUAAACACAACAUAAAAUAAAUGUACCUUCCACUGCAUUAUUAAGCACAGCUAAAUGCAAGCUUCUCAUAUUGAGUUCACAUGAUUUAUAAAAAUAAAUGUACCAUAUAUUUUGCAUUAUUUGUGACAGUUUAUACUUCAAUAUGCAUUUAGAACAGUACUCUGAAUAAUUUUUGCACUUUUGAAUGUAAAAUGUAAAGUUUGUGUGUUAAUGAUUUGUAUCUACACAGUAUGAAUAUGCACAUAUUGUAUUUUUAGACCGUAAAUACAGAAAUAUAAAAGCUUUGUUUGAAUAUAAGUACAUUAAUCGAGCCUGCCCCGUCUUUAUAAACAAAACUAUUGAAGAUAUCAUCCAAUGCAGAGCCGGAAGCAACUGUUUGUCCCCAUGUGCGUCACCUAUUGUGUAGCUAAUUACCAAUAAAUUACUCCUGAGCCCCACCUGUAAUUUUUCUGACAAGAUUUAUUGGCAACGGGUCUAAAUCCCUCCAGCGUGUUUAUGUUUACCUGUCAACCUGUCAGCAGUCCAGCUGAGGCAGACGGGAGGAACUUUUGGAAAUGCUUUUGUAUACACAUUGUUAAAAACAAUGUGCCAUCACUUAACUGUAGAGAACACGGAUAUCCAUUGCCUAAAUAAAAUCCCAAUAUAUCUCUUAUAAAAAAACACACAACGGGGAAAAGAUGGCACUUGACUUGGUAUCGGAUGAGGGCUCUAACCUUUCCCAAAACUAGUCUUGAAACGACAAAAGCAGACAGAUUGUAUGUUUAAUCUUUGCUGGGUUUAUAAAACAAAGAGAGGGAAAUUAAUAUAGAAAAAUAUAAACAUGGUUGUUUUUGUGAAGAAAUGAAUACCCCAUGUUUGAACAUUUGGGACAUAUGAAUGGCACUUUAAUUUGUAACAGCCCUACCAGGGAGCAGGAAAACAAAGCAUCGUGAGAACAGACAAACAUCCUGUGUGUUGCACUGUGGAAGGAUGGAAACGUACUUUUAAUUCAAGAACUGAGAGUGUAUUGUGUUUGGUGCCAAUUAAUAAAAACAGCACUUAGACCUG